AUGUUCGAAGCGCGACUAUUCAUUGAUGGCAGGCUUGCAGGUUCCAAAUGGUUCAACCAAAGCGGUCCGUGGCCAACCAUUAUCGAGCUUAGUGUUGAUCUCGAUAAGAAUGGCGAGUUUGAAAAGAUGAAAUUCCCGACUUUCCACAAAGAACUACUUUCCCAAAGCUAUUGGAAUCCAGGAGAUGAUCUCGGCCGAAUUAAGGUUGUCAUUUCCGAAGGCUUCUCUCGUGAGCAACUGACUUAUCCAUUCGAGCGCAUCAAAAAUAUCGUAUCAUUCUCAUUCCAGCAUGCGCCGCUGGACGUCCUCGAAGCAUCCUCUAUCGCCUGGCCAAACGCUGCUAUGUGGCGUCAUGUAUCUCUUGUUGGACCGUACUAUGCACAGAAUUCUUCACCACGACAUGGAUCCGACGGGAUCGAGGCUCAUAGCCACUCUCCCCGUCAUGGACAGUCAAGCAAGCCAGCUUUCCCGAUCCCAAGCGCCGGGGCAAUGCCACCGCCUCCACUCUUCCCUCGACAGCCUGCUUACGAUCCCUUCAUCACUGAUCACAACAACCCGGCAUUUAGCGGCUGGCGACACACCUCCACAACAGACACCUCGAUGCCAGAUUACUCAAGCACCAAUACUCGUACAAGCAGUAGCCGCCAGGUAUCAGAUCCUAUGCAAUUUGAGAAGACAGGCCGCCAGUUCGAGUCUAUGCAGAUGCCUGGAGCUUUUGAAUCUCUUGUCGAAGCACUAACACCAGCUGCACCAGUUGUGCCAACGAACACGCCCGACAAUGGUCUUGCCAGAAACAUGGCUGGCUUAAGUGCUGCAUCACGGAAAGCUUCUUCCAAGAUGUCCAUAGAUAGCUCUGUCAAAGCAGAUGAGCAGCAAAUUCCGAAGCCAUCCAACGUCUUGAAAUCAUCCGGAUUCAGUGGCAUUAAGAGCAGAAAGGAGAAUAUCCAGGAUUCACCACUGGUAACUAUCAACAUCAAUCCCAUUGGCAAUGAGAACGCCACCCGGAAAGUCAGUAUUCCAAAGACAGGUACAACCAUUUCCCCUGGAGUUGCAGAAACGAAGGUAGCCAGCAGUGAAGACACUCGAAAGCCUAGCCAGCCAUUAGAAUCGACUGGCAACCAAGCUGGAACCACAGCAUCUGGUUCGGCAAACGACAAUCCUGCUCGCCGGGUCAGUCGGCCAUUUGCAACAACGAACAACAGCGGCACCAAGAGACAACGUGUCGUUACUCCAGCUGCCGCUAAAGUCAUUGAUGAUGAGGAUGAGCCGCGGUCUUCGCCCUCUAUCAGAAAGGCGUCUCAAGCGAGCGCAAGAGCCGAGAACAAGGAGAAAGACCGAGUUGUCCUGGGUGGAAUCGAAAAUGUUUGA